CUCGCAGCAGCGCCCGAGUCGUGCGUCUCUCGGGGGGGCGAGUGAAGCAUUUCAUCUGAGACCGCUGGGUUAUUAUUAUUAUUAUUAUUAAUCCCGAACACCAGUUGCGCGGAUAUUUGCAGGAUCUGUGAGGUGCUCCUGUAGCCAUGGGGGACGUGGUUUCCUCUCACCUGGAUGAGAGCAGGCGGGAGAUGAUUACAGCUCGGACCAGAGACGUGAUGAGAGAGUUCGGCGACAUCUACGAGGAGCAGUACGCAGUCGCUCUCUUCAACAGCGUCCGCUUUGAGAUAGAAGGAGGGGGGGGUGCACAGUCACAGCUGCUUCACAGGAAGGACCCUCUGGCAGGCCGCUCUAUCUUCUCAGGGAGUCUCUUUCAGUAUCUGGAGGAGAAUCGGAAGUGGAGGAAUCGCUUUGUAUCUGUGCCAAACAGCUACAACAUCAGCCUCUAUGAGAGCAAAACAGCACAUGAACGGGGCCUCCACCCGAAAAUAACCAUCAACUGCGCUGGGUACAAGGCCCUGUCCUCAAUGGAGGAAUACAUGGAGCUGAUUAAUACCAGCCUGCCAGGCAUCAAGGCCAAAGUGGGCAGCAAUCCGUUCAUCAAGUGUGCGACCCAGUUCCCCCUCAUCCUGUGGCACCCCUACGCCCGCCACCACUACUUUUGUGUGAUGACUGAGAAGGAGCAGAAGAAGUGGCACGCUGUGCUGCAGGACUGUGUCAGACACUGUGACAACGGUCUGUCAGAGGACUGCACUGUUCAGACUCCAGCCUUUACUGAUGCUGUGCGACUUCACAGACAAGCCAAGGGCCACUACGGGACCUGGGAUAUGAUGUGUGGAGAGCCUCCACAGAUUCUGGCUAAUCUGGUGAUGGAGACCCUGCACCCGGAGCUGAGGAACGUGAUUGGUCCUCGUCUGAAAGGAAAGAUGCAGCAGAAGCAGAGGAACUGGAUGCUGAUCUCUGAUGCGGUGUACAAGCAGGUGUUGUCUCAGACCACGGGUCAGUAUGAAGCGCUGGUCGAAGCCUGUGAGGCCCAGAGAGUUCCGCUGGACGCCAGACUGCGGACCGACAUGGACCAGAUCAUUACGUCUAAAGAACAUGUCAGCAGCAAGAUACGAGCCAUGGUGUUGCCCAAGGCGGAGCAACUCCUACGCAACAGCAUUCAGCCCUACAUCAGCUCCAUCCUGGAGGCCCUGAUGGAGCCCACCAGCCGAGGUUUCGCUGAGGUCAGGGAUGUGUUCUUCAGGGAGCUGGUGGAGAUCAGCAAGAACUCACUCAACGGAGGGGGCAAAGGAAAACUGGGAGACCACAUGGAGAGGCUGUCCAUGCUGGCCUUCCAUCCAGUGAAGAUGCAGAGCUGCUAUGAGCAGGUGGAGCAGCUCAAUCUGGAGGGGCUGCAGCAGAGGUUCGACGUCUCCAACCCCUCAGUGUUCGUCAGCAGAGCUCAGAUCCUCAUGAGGGAGCAAAUGGACAAUGCAGUGUACACAUUUGAGCAGCUGCUCCAUCAGUCUUUGGAGGCCCAGGGGGAAGAGGACAUGUGCAAGACCAUCCAGCGAUGCCAGGACAGGGUUCUCAAGAAAUAUGAUUAUGACAGCAGCACGGUGCGGAAGAAGUUCUUCAGAGAGGCUCUGCUGCAGAUCAUCAUCCCAUACAUGCUGCAGCAGCUCUCGCCAUCCUGCUCACCUGAGCUGCCUCGCUUUAAAGAGCUAAUAUUUGAGGACUUCUCCCGUUUCCUGCUGGUGGAAAACAUGUUUGAGGAGGUUGUACUGCAGUCCGUCUCCAAGGACAUAAUGAUGGCUGUAAAGGAGGCAGCUGUCCAGAGGAGACACAAUCUGUACAGGGACAGCAUCAUUCUGACCAACAGUGAUCCCAACCUGCACCUGCUCGGAGAAACCCCUCCAGUGGACUGGGGAACUAAAUUCGGGGGCGAUGAGCCGGAGAGCUCUGUCGAUGGUGGCAUUGUUGAAGGAGGGGGUUCUGGGAAAAGACGCAGGCAGGUAGUGUCCAUGAUCCAGCUGGACGGGGUGCCUCUGCCCUACGAGUCCUGCCUGGAGGUCCCAGGCGUUGAACUUAUUCCUGAGGAGGAUCCUGAGGUGUCUGAGGACAGAGAAGGGGGCCAAGGGGAGGAUGAGGAGGACCAAGACCUGCCGGAAGAGCCUAGGUCUCCUGACAGCGUGAAUGAAAUCAGAGACCUGAUUAAUCCAGUGGUGGAGAUGGUUCUGCCUGUGCCAGAGGCGAGCCAGACUGACAUGAACGACAGCACAGAGCCCAUCACAGGCACCAUCACCAUGGAGGACGGGUUGCAGGAGGACGUGACACAUGUCACCACCGUGGUGGACAACGUCCCCAGGAAAUCUCCGCGAGACAAGUCGUCCCCGCACACAAUUCUGCAGCAGCUGAUUGGAAGCAAGAAGCAGGAAGCUGAUAAGGAGCAUCAGGAGGAAACAGCCAUCAAGCACGCCAUCGAGGAAAUAGAGAUAGCGGUACAGGAAGACGACAGCGAACGGAUUGCUGAGGCAGCAGAGUCAGAUUAUGAGUCGUCAACAACGCCACCACUGGCCACAGACUCCGGCUCACAUGGCGACAGUGGCUUCCAGUCACCGACCAGUGCGGGGCUGGAUCAAGGUGAGCUUCAGCCAAUCAAAAACAGUCUGAACGGAGAGGACAAAACGAUUGACCCGGUAGAAGUGGAAGUGGUUUUAGCGUAGGAAGACAAUCAUCUGAACACAUCUCUGAAACCAGAGAACACCUCAGAGAGAAAACAGCAGAGUGUCUAUCGCAUGUAAUGGAAGAGAAGUGGAAGGAAUAAGGAUAUAAGGAUUGUAUUUAAUGGUUGUUUUUACUGUUGUUAGUAUUGCACAAACCAACCCCACCCCGGCCCCCCCGCCUUUUUUUUUUUUUUGGGGGGCAUUUCUUUGGUGACCUGUUCUUUUCUAUCCAUCUUAGCGAAUCUCAACAUAACUUCAUAAUUUAUGUGACAUUUUAUUCAACAUAUCUGAUUUAUAUAAGUGAGACUCCUUUUGGCUAACAGGCUGCAGAUCCAACACAAGGAUCAGGGAUUUUUAAGUGAUCCUUUUUUGAAUUAACAGAAUAAGGGAGGAACACUAAACAACAACUACAACCAAGUUAUUAAUGCUUUCAAGUUAAAUAUUUGUUUACAUCGGUAAUGUCUAUCAACACAGCAGGAAAUAAGGCCUACAUUUUCUCAAUCUAGCUCGCAUUUAGAUUACAGAUUAUAUGUACAGAUUAGUCUUUAACUGCACUGCAGGUGAAGGGAUCUCUCUUUCAUGAUCACAGCCUCUGCCUGGGCAGCAGGGGGAGCUACAAUCAACCUUCAGAUGUUGUAUGGGGAUUUAUUUAAAGGACCAGUGUGUAGGAUUUAAUGGCAUCUAGAGCUCAAUCUAAGGUAACAAAAACAUGAUUUUUACUUUCAGGUGAUUAUACACUUAUGAAAACAUAAUGAUGGAUAUUAUUCAGAUUCAGAAUAUGUUAUUGAUCCCUCUAGGUAAAAUUGUAUUUGUUUUCCAUGUCAAUGCCAAUAGAUCCCCAUAAAUCCAACACACUGGACCUUUAAGUAUUUAAAGUUCUAUUUUUUUUAAAUACCAGUAUCUAUUUUUGUAAAAUGUACUUUUUUAAAUUUUAAGCGUUUACUUUGAAAGCUUUUCCUGUAUUCGCAAAUGGCCUUAAUGUUUCAACACUAGAUAUUUUAGCGCAACCUGUCAGGAAUGAUUCACACCUCCACUGUGAUUUAACAGCCAAGAUGUUUUAAACUUUCUGAUAACUGUGCAACAAAACAACCAAAAUUCACUGUCUGUUGUCACUUUGCCUGUGGCCAUAGAUGACAAGGAUGUUUGCCUUGUAGGAUGUUGAUGAACCUGCAAUCAGAGGAAGCUAUCUUUGUGACUAUGAGGGAGUCUUUGUAUUCAAAAGAAAAAACACAGCUUUGUUUCUAAUUUAAUUCAAAUGUUACUAUCGUCUUAAAUGUAAUUUGGAUGAAGUGUCUUUUACAGGACUUUUAUCUUUAUGUAAAAAAAAUUAAAGGAUUAGAUAGCAUCAUUGAUUCUCACCUUGUGGGAGACGCUUGUUCAUUUUAGGGAGACUGUUGUGUCACUGGAAAUCAUGACAACACACUGAUGACACAGGUGUUCUGUAAAUUCAGGUUUAAUAAAUUGUAAAUGUUGUUGUAUUUUAUUAUAAUACAGAGGUGCAUAAUUUCCGUAUAGUUUCUUCUCAGAAACUUCCUGAACUAUUGAAUUCAAUAUGGGAUUAUGGGGAAAUUACACUGAUUUUACAUACAUGUUGCAUUUUAUGCUUUGUGGUUGACAAACUUCACAUUUUUGCAUGUUCAGCUGACCUGUCACGCACUAAGCAACACUCUGAAGGUUACCCUCAAUUCUAUUAUGGCAAAAUAGAAAAAUAAAAGCAGAAACCUCAGGAAAAGCAACAGAGAAGGGAUCCCUCUUCCUUGACAAAGGGACAUAGCACACAGACAUACCAGAAGUAAAAUUAAAUAAGUAAAAUUAAAGCAUGCAGAGAGAGAUUAAAUAUUUAAGUAAAUUAAAUGCAAGCAUAUAAUUUUACAUCUACAUUUUUAUUAGAAUUAGUACCAUGUUACAGUCCUCUGCAGUUACAAAUCAGCUUCUUCCUGGGACAUUAUCUGAAACUUUGAGACCUGUAAAGUAAAAGUGUUACCACUUUUUGGCACCACUCACUUUUUAUGGGUGAAUUAGUUUCACUUUUGUACCAUCAGACCAGGAUACAAUCUAAUGUCAGAUACAGAGAAGACAGUUGCAAUUUUUGCAAUCCCGAUUUCAUGAGUCAGUGUCCUGUUGUGAAAUUGUCCAUUGUAUCAAAGCGCAUUUUCAGUUUGCUGUCUUUAGAUCCAUACCUAAGACCCAGUACUUCCAAUGGAGGAUCACUGUCUGUCACCAUCACCUGUUUAUUUAUUAUAAAACCUGUUUGGUGUAAGCAGCUCAACUUGUAUGUUUAGUGCAUUUGUCUUCUUGAAAUACAUAAAAAAAAAGGAUGAAUAAAACUAUUUCAUCAACUUUA